GUUUGACGAAGGAUAUCGUCAUGCCCCUGUUUUACGUCGGGGUUGAAAGAGCUUUGAAGGGGAAGGCGCCAUGCUUCCCCGAUCAUGGGAGUGUUUUCGAUCCGCGCUGUGCGGUCCCGAGUAACCUGCACCUGCUUAGGAUGCCGAAGGAGAGAAUACCCUUCGACUGGUACGAAGAUCAUAUUCAUGAUUACAGUCAGCCUAUGGUUCAUGUUCAGAUUGAAUCGUUUCACCAGUACAAACACCGUGGCAGACCUUACUUUAUCAGAAUCCAAAGGUGCAAAGCAGACCCCGAGAAUGGAAUAGUUUACUGGGUGGACUAUCGCGGUCAUCGACUCCCGAUGCGACAGAACACCUACAUGAGCAAUGACACCACUCGUAUGAGAGUUGAACAUGGAAACAAUUGUUAUCGAAUCACGCCCUACUCCUCUUACACCAUGUGGAUCAAUGGAACCAUUCCAGCACUUAGAAUCAUCAGAUCACCUUUCUUAGACUUCUCCAUGAUAGAGCUGGCACCUCAAGUAGAGGGUCGUCUCAUGUACAAAGCUUUCACUAAAAGAUCAGUCGGAGGAGGUAGAGCAUCCAUAGCUCAUUGACACUGAUGCCCAAUGUACAUCUAGUGUAGAUACUUGUUUGGUUUUCAAGGUUCGGAAGCCUUCUGGUAUGCUGUAACAAGAGUACCAGGAGGCCACGUCAGCACUGCGCCUGUCAUUAUUGUUCCUCUGAACGAGCAUUGAUGUCACCAUAUAACACAUAUUCCUUUUUAAAACCAACUUUGCUGUUAAAAACUC